UACAGCUCCUGAGGUAGAGCAAUCCUAUUUCUAAUCAUCAGCAAUGUGCUCUGUACGUAUUUAAAUGGCUGAUUUCGGUCCUUUAAAGGCUGUCUCAGAAGUGCGGCAACAAAAAUUGGGAGAAGAUGAAGUUUCCUCUCAAUAUUGUGAAGCAGAGGACGUUUCUGCUGGGGCUAAACAGCAUUACUGCAGAAUAAAUAUGCUAAGCAUUGCGGGAAGCCAGAUGAAGCUUUAAAUGAAAACAUUCACGUUAAUAUUUAACCCCUUUCAUUUAUGCAAGAUCCCAACACAAGCAACAGAAUGAAGAACGCUGUCUGAAUUUUGCUGAAGGACAAUGGGGCCUUUUAUUUAUUAAAUUAUGCUGCCUUCUCUUGCCUAAUAUUGUACAAGCCCACAGUCUUCAGUGUAAUUCACAUGCCAAGAAUGAACUUUCCAUGUGACACGGACCAUAAAGAUCUCAUCACAGUCACUAAUUUAGAGCAACCUCAAUGUCUCUCCUGUAAUUACUCACAAUGAAACACUGCUACAGCAUCUUCUAUUUUUCCUGUGACAAUCCUUGCUUCCACCUUUUGAAGGCAUUUGUUCCCCUACAUUCUUUUUGAAAGGUUGAUGUGGACAGGAACGCUCAAGUUUUUACUUUAAAUGGAUGGAACACUCACAAUCAAGGUUGUUUACAAAGUAAAUGUAUCCCUUAGGAGCUGCUAAGAAAAAAAACCUUCUGGGACCUGAUUUCAUGCUGUUUUUCUUAGGCUGGUGCACUCAAUGCAGAGGGAACAGCAUUGUUGACAGAGAAGCAAAAUGGAAGAAUCCUCCACCUAAUGCACAAAUCUUCCUUCUGGAAUGCUAAGUGGAAAGGAGGCAUUUUUCCAGCAUCAAAUCCAGUGCAUACCAGAAUUUUGUCUAGGAAUUCUACAUCAAAAGCUUCAAGGAAAAGAUUCCACAUACUAACCAAAGGAUUCAGGACUUCUGUGCUGUCAUGCUUCUGACUUUUCAGCAAGGAAGAUAUUCUGAAUGUGUAAUUAAGCUAUGACCAAAAGACAUCAUCCUGAAGAUAAAAAAUGAACCCACUUGAUGCAACAAAAUCAGGAUUUCUAGUGUGCAUUGCGAUCUGCAUGUUCAUUUACACUUUCAUCUACCUAAAGAACACACUUUCAGAAGAGCCAAAUGAAGAAAAAUUUGCUGGAGAUACAGCAGAGUGUGGUUUUUAUCCAGACGAACUUUGUUCAGCUCUUUUUGUGGGGAAAAGCGCYGCCUCUCAAAUAGGAAACUUUUGCCAGAACACCUACCAACCAGAAGCACUUGGCUGCAUUCAGACUACCUGCAAUUGCUCCAYGGUUCUGAAAAACCUGCAUUUUAUAACAAGGCCACUGUCUGAAGAAGAAGGAAAUUUCUCAUUGGCGUAUAUUAUCACAAUUCACAAGGAGCUGCAAAUGUUUGUAAAGCUACUAAGAGCUAUCUACAUGCCUCAGAAUAUUUACUGCAUACACGUUGAUGAAAAGUCACCGAAAAAUUAUAAAGCUGCUGUACAAAACAUUGUUAACUGCUUUGAAAAUAUUUUUAUUUCCUCAAAAAGGGAAAAUGUUGUUUACGCAGGAUUUUCAAGACUACAAGCGGAUAUUAACUGCAUGAGGGAUCUAGUCCAUUCCAAAGUUCAGUGGAGUUACGUUAUUAACUUAUGUGGGCAGGAUUAUCCCAUCAAAACAAACAAGGACAUUAUACAAUACAUCAAAAGCAAAUGGAAUGGUAAAAAUAUGACUCCUGGAGUAGUGCAACCGCUUCAUAUGAAACACAGGACACAGGUUAGUUACAGAGAAUAUGUACAUUCUGGAGUGUCUUAUGUGUAUCCAACAAAGAAUGUAAAAGCUAAAGCUCCAUAUAAUUUGACAAUAUAUUUUGGUAGUGCCUAUUACAUACUCACUAAGGAGUUUGUAGAGUUUACACUGACUGAUGCACGUGCAAAGGAACUGCUGGAAUGGUCAAGAGACACCUACAGCCCRGAUGAACACUACUGGGUCACACUGAACCGUUUAAAUGAUGCUCCAGGCGCUACACCGAAUGCAGACUGGGAAGGAAACAUCCGAGCCAUUAAAUGGAAAGACCAAGAAGGAACCACACACAAAGGCUGCAAAGGUCAUUACAUUAGAGACAUCUGUGUCUAUGGACUAGGGGAUUUACAGUGGAUCAUUGAAUCACCUCAUUUAUUUGCCAACAAAUUUGAACCUGCAACAUAUCCACUUGUUAUGGACUGCCUAGAGAGACGCUACAGGCUCAAAGUACUGCAGCAAGCAGAAGUUCCCAUUGAAGAUCACUGGCGUUUUCAGGAAAAUAACUACUUCAACAUGAAACUGAAUGUUUGAGCUCAAGACACAUUUAAGCAGUGCAGAAAAUAUUGAAAGAAACCAUCCAGAUAACAAGAAGUUUAGCUAUAGUCUUCACUCUGUGCAUGAUAUCAUAAGAAUAUGCACAAUACUGUACUACUGUUCACCUGUGAAACAAGCAGUUAGUUUUCUUACAGUAAAAUAGAAAGAAUUAACUGCUAACGGGUUAAUGCUAAUAUUAAUAACAAAAACAACAUGAUCGUGCAAGUCAACAGUCCAGCAGUUCUACAAUCUGCUAAAGGCAAGGGGGUGGUUCUUACUCCUUAAGUGAGUUACUUAACUGGAAAAAAAUAUUCCU